UUCCACCUCGCCAUGCACUGACUCUCAUUCUUAAUUCUAUCUGGCAUAUCGUCGUUCGCUCAUUACAUCUGCUCACCAUCGUUAAUGCUCCCGAAGCAUGAUAUCGAGUUUGGCCCACUGCUAGCUGCCGACCUCUCGUGUGCUAGCCUCGGCACGGCAAUGCAGCAGAGCUGCGCUUGACCAUCCAUAGGCUGAAACAACGACGAUGAGCUAUUCAUAUUCGCACAGUACCGCCGCCGAUUCCUAUCGCCCGGCCCGACGAGGCAGCCCCCUGGAAUCGUCGAAUGCUUCCGAGCGCUGGCGUCAGUUGCUGCCGUCAUGGGCAAAACAGUGGGCAUCGGAGCUACACGAGGAGAUGAGUACCAGGAAUGGAGUAUGGUCGCUGUUCAAGAGGGUCGUGAGAUACAUCUUCACAGUCUCAAAUGCUUUAAUCCUCUUCUGGAUUUGCACACUAUGGUGGGGUGAGCGCACUGUCUUCCAGGAGAGUGUGGAGACGUGCGGCUGGGGCAAUUGGGAGAAAUGGCCCCAAGAUGCAACGCCACAUCACGUCGCCUUCAUCGCCGACCCGCAGCUCGUCGAUCCUCACACCUACCCCGGCCGGCCAUGGCCGCUUUCGACCUUGACCGUCAAGUUCACCGAUCAGUAUCUUCGGCGGUCCUUCUCGUCUAUCCAGAAUGAACUAGGCCCAGAUUCAGUGUUGUUCUUGGGGGACCUUUUCGACGGUGGUAGGGAAUGGGCUACGGCAUCCAGCUCCAGCCCAGAGAAGCGGUAUAAGAAAUACAACGAUCGGUUCUGGAAGAAGGAGUUCCAUCGGUUCGUGAAAAUCUUCGUUGAUACGUGGAAUGAGGGGGACGAACAUACCAGGGACUCUAUCGGGCGGAGGAUGCUUACUGGCUUGCCCGGAAAUCACGAUCUGGGGUUUGGCUCAGGCGUUCAGGUCCCGGUUCGCGACCGGUUCCGGAGCUUCUUCGGCAAGAGUAAUCGCGUGGAUGUGAUCGGAAAUCACACUAUUGUCUCUGUUGAUACCGUGUCGCUGAGCGCCAUGGAUCAACCUGACCCGGAGACAGGCAGCUCAGGCACGGGUUCCGGCGAUGGAAAACAGCCAAAUGAACACAUUUGGAAGGAUACCCAGGACUUCCUUGACCACAUGGGUGCCUAUCGGGGUAGAGCGGAAAUGGAGGCACUGCGCAUGCUGGGGAAUCAGACUGAAGGGCGUCUCUUUCAGCAUCGGGCUGUGGACAUUCUGGAACCGUCUAUCUAUCACCAGCCGCAGCCGGAGGGUGCGGGGUUUCCCACGAUCCUCCUUUCACAUGUCCCGUUGUAUCGCCGGCCGGCCACACCGUGUGGACCUUACCGCGAACACCAUCCGCCGAGUGGUGAAGACCUCGAGGAGGAUGAACCGAACGCCAUUUCAAUGGGUCGAGGUUACCAGUAUCAGAAUGUACUGACCCCUGCGAUUUCUCGAGACAUUGUGUCGAAGGUGGGGCCCAACUUGGUCCAAAUGUACUCGGGAGAUGACCACGAUUACUGCGAGAUCACCCAUCACGAGUUCAGCGGGUCACCCAAGGAGAUCACGGUGAAGAGCCUUUCCUGGGCCAUGGGGAUCCGGCGACCAGGGUUUGUACUCACCAGUCUGUGGAACCCUAUCGACCAAGCCACUGGACAGUCCAUUGGAGCCGCCAAUGCCGGCCGCACUCUCCAGAACCACCUGUGUCUCCUCCCCGAUCAGUUGUCCAUCUUCAUCUAUUACGGGCUUGUCUUUGGCCUCACCUUGUGUGUUUUGCUGGUCCGCGCCACGGUCAUUGUGCAAUUCCCCCGAUCCCGGGCUGGUCCCACGGAUCCCAUCCUCCCCUUGUCGGAGCAUCGCUCGGCUCCGGCGGCGCGCCCGGCCCGAUACAAGACCCCGUCUUCCAGUACGUCUAGCUCCACGUUCCCGUCGCCGCGCGGGCUAGCCAGCCGUGCGGUGAAUGCACCUCCCCUGUACGCUACUCACGCGGGCGCAGAUGAGGCAGACGCCGACAGCUCGAAGUGGAAGCCGACGCGUGGCAGCCCGCGACGGCCGGGGGGUGACGAGUCAAAGGCGAAGCUGAUCAAAGAGGACUUCCUUGCUUCGGUCCUGGGGGUGGCCAAAAUCGUGCUUUGUUGGUACUUCUUCCUUGUCUGGCGAUGGUAGGCCGGUAGGGUUCCGGACUGGCGCAUGGGUUAUAUAUUGUGUACAUAGUUUUGCGUGGGCUCAUUCUGUAAUUUCCGGCAUACAUGCAUGGAGGGAUGGCGUACCUGGCAGGUUGGACGCAGGAUUGUGAGCAUCAAGUACGCGUAUAUUGUGUUAGGGGUUCGGUGUCUCAUCCUGGGCGAGUUGAUUGCGGGAGGGCUGGUCCACCAGUAAUAUAUAUGUUACCAGCCGUGUCGUUUGGGCUUGCAUGAACGAGGCUAUUCCACAUUCAAUUGCAAUAGAGUAGGCCGCAAAUAUCUAAG